ACGGCCUUACAUAAGUAUGUACCUACCUCUGUAUUUCCUCCAGCCAAAUGAAAUGAAAUGACAGAUGUUAUGUUCUUAUGAACGCAACAUACACCAUAAAAGGAAACCACAGAAGUUUUGUUUCUUUGUAAAAGACACAGGUGUGCUAUUGGGGUAAAGUAAAAAGCAGAAAAGAAAGUCAUAUUAUGAUCAAAAUCCUCAGGAAACAGAGAGGUCAACAGAUGCUGAUUCCUGUUUUCGUUUUACUGAUAAGCCACACCACAAUUUUCUGAGUGACGUCUCUGUGCUGUGAGAGCAGUUAAACAUGCAGCUUUUUAGUCCAGUAACUGCUGUUUGGAGCCUCUAGUUUUACUCCCCAUGUAAUCUAUGUGCGCAGCCAAAAGCAGAAGUGUGACUUCAUGCUCGGUUAUGUAACCACAGCUCAUCAUUUCCUCCUUGAAACCGUGCCUACUCCUCAGCGUGUUAGAGUAAACGCUGUAACUGUCGCAGUAAAUUUGCCUCAGACGUUGGAGUGAUGCUUAAUUUCACCAGAUGUGAUGUAGUUUUUCUUUCCCUCGCUUUAUUUGAGCUCCUCUGUGGUUAAAAACUUGUAUGAAUCUGAUCUCUCUCGCAGCUGAGGUCUGAAUCAGUUGUCUGGGGAAAGUGAUGGAAACUUUCAGGCUAUAUUUAUGGCCGGGAUUUUUCCGAGAUGAAAGCACCUUGUCUGCAUAUACGACUCGCUUCACUUAUGUUCAGACUCCCUCUGCUUGCAGCAGGGAUGCCCAACAAUAGAAGCACAUGAAACACGAGAGAGCGUGUUUUGUUAUUAAUCAGGCGAGGAAACCCAGACAUAAGUCAACAUCAUGCAACUUCUGGAGUUUGUAACAACAUCCAAGUCAUUUAUGCAACUGAAUUUUAAUCUUUAGCACCUUUUAUAAACCAUUACAAUCCAUCCACAGUUUAACCUAUCAGAUGUUGUUUUCUAAGAAGUUCAGUCUUGUGUAAUACCUGGUUUAUUAACAGGUUAAGUCACAUUCACAUGUAAAACUACAGACAGACGUUGAUUUCCUUGCUGUUGUUGUUAUUUUGUCCACUAAGUCUCGGAUAUCUGACACAGGCCUGCUGCUCAGUAGCACAAAGUGUAGAGUUACCAACCCGUUGCUACAGCAGUGUUGCUGAGCAACAUCCGAUAACACAAAAGACACGCUGAGAUCAGGUUAGACGAGUGACUUGCACCUGCUUUUGUGUCACAAGAGAGCAGCCGUUUGGUAAUUUCAGCACCCCGGACAGCGUCUGGUCACAGUGAACAGCUCCAGUUAGGCAUUUUUGUUUGUUUGUUUGUUUGUUUGCUUGUUUUGAGACAUAUCGGCCUGCUUGAAGAGAUGAAUAUGGAUAGAUGCUGCACAAACGCCAAUGACAAGUUUGUAAUCCUGAAAGGCUCCAUUUAAAGGAAUGUUCAGGAAGAUUAAUAAUGUGUUCCGUCCCAACCAUCAUGGACACAAAGGACGGGAUGGUAAUGGUGGCGGUGGUGGUGGUGGUGGGUUUCGGUCUGAGCAGGACUACCACAACGCCUGCACCGUCAGGCUGGUCCGCAGCACCUCCAUGCUCGUCGUGGGAGAGAAAACUCAAGCUGCCGUGGGCUCAACUUUAAAACGGAGCAAGAGCACAGUGAGCAUCGAGUCGACCUUGUACUAUUAUCAGAGACAAGAGGACAGGAUAUGGCUCUACUCUCAGAAUCAGAACUGCCUAGAGUACCUGGAAGCGCUCGUGGCUUUGAGACGGCAGUACACAAAGAGCGUGAGUGACUUGAAAAGUAACGAUGCCAAGGCCACAGUGUCUUCCAAGAAGAAGCCCGCACCCCCUCCGCCUGCGAAGGAAGAACCGACAUCAAGAGCCAAACCCUCUGCCCCUCCGGUCCCCAAUGUCGAGGACACGUUGCAGUUCUUUGAUGCAGUCAUCGCUGACUGCGACAGCGAACCUCUGCGCAAACCGUACAUGGAUGAUGGACAUGCAGAUGUGGACUUCAUAGUGGCCUCCAGCUCAGCCGAACACGACCUCCACUCCAACUGGGUCCUGCGGGUCCCUCGGGUCGCGGACGACCCCAACCAGAAAGCGGAUCAUGACUGUGCCAAGGAAAGCGCCCCGAAGAAGAAAAACCAGAAUGGGUCCACAAGCAGCAGACUGCGGCUGCAGAGGAACCCAAUCCAUCUUCCCAAAGUGGUGGAGAGUGCAUUCCAGACUCUGCGCUUCAAGCCCAAAUUAAAAAAGCAGUGAAGCCUGAUAGACAUUUAAAACCACCAGCACUGCCAUGAUGCUGACAUGGAGCUCAACCUAGUUUGUAUGGACAGACACCAUGCUCUGAUAAAACUCCAUCCGGACAAUUAAUACUUGCAUAAAAUAUGUAGAAGGUAUUUUAAAGGGAUAGUCCAGAUUUUUGAAGCAGGCUUGUAUGAGGUGCUUAUCCAUAGACAGUAUAUUGCAAAAGUUGGCAUGCCCCUAGUGUGGAGAAGCAGGCUGGAGUCUGACAUGGAAGCUAAGUCAUCUACUGCUGUGGCGGGGUCUGCCACAAAUCAUAUUUUAGCCACCCGAAUAAAUCAAUAUCAGUUUACAUGUUCACUAUAUUGAGAGUUUUUUUCACUGUUUUACCGUCAUUUAAGCGGUCAUUAUCGCUCUCUCAUAACCAGACUCCAUUGAGAAAACUCAAACUAAGUUCCCCAUACAACCCCACUUCAAAAAAUCCGCACUAUCCCUUUAAUAAAGCAAAUGUUAGAAAUCUGUCUCAUUGAUGAUGUCAAGUCAGUGACUUGUCAUAGUUGGAAAACCAUAGGCGUUACUUAUAACAUUAACGAUGGCUCUGUUCUUUUGAAGUGUCCCAGUAAGUCAUGACACCAUGACCAACAUGCACAAUACCAGGACCCUGAAACAGAAGCAGCUGAAUGGAACUCAGCCAUCGUUCAUUCAUUAUUUACUCCUGUGUUUUUCCUUUUACAUGUCAAAAUGUCUCCUGUGAAAAAGGCAUAUCCAGUAUGAUCUGUUUCAAGGAUUUUCUGAACCUCAAUAUGCGAUUCAUACGUCUCAAUAAGAUGCCACUUUAAAUGAAUAUUACUUUGAGGAAUUUUACAGUUUAGUAUGUAAUAAAAAAAUUCCUUCUGAUGCCAGGAGAUUACUCUAAUCCUUCUGUUAAUAGCAUUUCUUUAAAGUGUGCUUUUGAACAGAAUUAAAUAAGAGAAGUAAUAUAUAAUAUAAAACACUGUGAUAGGUAUGGAAUUUAGCUUGAGUAGGGUUUAUGGUUCAGACCUGCGGAGAGAUGGCAUUCAUUCGAGGUAUCGAAGGAAACGGUAAAUUGCAACACUGUCCUUCACAGCAGUGAGACUCACUGAAAGGUAAACAUAUUUCUGAACUGCAUGAAUGCCAGCUUCAUUUAAGAGAGGUCUAGAUUUGUAAGGCGAGUCUCAGGGCUGGGUUGACUGAAAAGUUGAAAAGCAGUGAAGGUUAUCCUGCUUGUUGUUGCUGAAGUUAAAAUGGUCGUAAACAUUAAGGGUCAAUUCAGCCAAUUACAAAAAAGAAACCCUCAUUUCUGAUUUGAUGUUAUCUUGCAGUGCUGAUAUUUCUGGAUUUAUUUGCCCAUCGAAUGAACCCUGGGCUGUCUGCAUGCUUAGAUACCACAGGGGGUAGUUACAAAAAAAGUCUUUGUGCAAUUUGGGUAAGAUGUCAUGGUGGAAGAAGUAUUCGGACUGUUUACUUUAAAAGGACAAAUACUCAAAGUAUAAAGUAAAGGGGUUAUCAGUCAUUAUGCAGAAUGUCUCCUUUCAGAGUUGUACUUAAAUCACUGAAAAAUACAUGUAAUAUUUAAAUGUUGUAGUUGGUCAACAUGGAGCAAAGUUUAGAUGUAGAUCAGGAGUCGGCAACCUUCACCAUUGCAAGAGAUAUCUUUGCCAAAAAUAAAUAAACCUGUCUGGAGCAGCAAAACAUAUUUGAGCCUUAUAACAGCCUAUUAAAUCUUAAUUAGCCCAUCAACAUUACUAAAAGCUCUAAAUGAGCAUUCAUUAAUAUGUUUUACCAACAGGUGUCUGCAGUGGGUUAUUUAGAAGUAUUUGGUACUUUAAUUUUGCAGCGUUAGCAGUGAAAGCUAACGAAUCUGUUCAUGAGGGAUGAAAUUCUUUAUUUUCUUCCGAGACUUUUCUUUUUUUAAAUUUGGAAUCCGUAGCGAGCCACCGCCUUUGAAGUUCGGCAAAACUAUGAGGAAAAAGCAAAAGGUCGUAGAUGAUGAUGACAUGUUUUUGUAGGGCCGCACUCUGAUAGUUGAAGAUUCAA